AUGUCUGGGCCAAUAGAGGUCUCUUUCGUUGAAGUUUGUUCAGCUUCUGGAAAGGCUAUCCAAAAGGUGAAUGCUCAGACCGUGGAGGUUGCAGAGGUGGUAGUUUUAGAUAGUGAUAAGGCUGUUGAGAAGGAGGCGGAGCAGUGGUAUCCAUCAUUGGAGUCCAUUUUUUGGGUUGAUCAUCAAUUUGUUAAUAAAGGAAGAUGUGAAUUUUCUUUGGAUGAUGACAAGGGUCUAAUUGCUAGAAAAAUUCCUGUUGAUAAAGGUUAUCAUUCUGAUAAUGAGAGCUUGAUAAGCUCUGAGAAGAUUGUUGCGGAUAUGGAGGAUUCUAAACUGAAGUCGUCUCCAAAUAUUCCUCUUAUUGCAGUGAUCUCUCCACCUUCUGUGACUAGAACUCCUUCUAGAGGUAAUUUUGUGCCUCAUCCUAAUGAUUAA